AUGGCCCAAGCCAAUGACGAAUUCAUGCAGGCGUUAUCUGCAAUGAUUGUGCAAACCCUCAGAACGUCAAUCGGAAAUGCUGUUGAACAGGCGAAUAUCGGUCCUCGGAAUCCUGCUGGAGACGCUGCUGCUCCAACACCGAAAGUCCCGUCAUUCUCUAUGAACGAAUACCGGUCCGCAGAAGGGACAUCCGUUUCGGACUAUCUCAACCGAUUUGAGUGGGCGCUGCAGCUGAGCCACAUACCAGAAGGUCAGUACGCACACUAUGCCAGAGUUCACAUGGGAGCUGAACUGAACAACGCGUUGAAGUUCCUCGUAACCCCCCGGAAUCCUGCAGAAGUACCAUACGAGGAACUACGUGCUACGCUGGUCAACUACUUUGACCGAACGAAAAACAAAUUUGUAGAAAGCAUCAAAUUUAGACAGAUCGUCCAGCAAAAAGGUGAAACGGUCGCGCAGUUCGCCUUACGAUUGAAACAAGGUGCAUCACAUUGUGAAUACGGUAACUUUCUGGACCGAAUGUUGAUCGAGCAACUUUUACAUGGACUCGAGGCUACAGAUACGUGUGAUGAAAUCUUAGCAAAGAAACCAGAAACGUUUCACGCUGCCUACGAAAUCGCGCACACGCUAGAAGCAACCCACAACACAGCACGAGAGGUGAACACAGGGACACUAUCGCCGAAUCCUGAAACCGCAAACAAGCUCGGUUACGAAAACUCCAGAUAUAGAAAACUAACGCAACCUGAUUACCGUCCGUCAACAUCAUACCCGGCACAACAGCGACAGCGAAAUUUCGAGUCGCUAGGUGGUAGGCAGCAAUCCAGUAGUUACAACAAUCGGGUGUCGGACCCCUGUAAUGGUUGUGGCGGUCACCACCUACGGAAUCAUUGCCGUUUCCGUAAUGCAAGGUGCAACAAUUGCAACAAGAAAGGCCAUAUUGCUAGAGUGUGCAGAUCAACGAAGGUCAAUUUACAAAAUUCUUCCACCGACGAAGUUCAAUCACAAGAGGACGCAGUUUCUGAGCUUGAUUCGAUACAGUCGUUAAGCCAGGUGUACGACGUACAUUCGAUCGGGAAAAAGAUGAUCAACGUGCAGAUAGAAGGGCGGUCUUUACAAAUGGAGUUAGACACCGGAGCACCAUGCGGGAUUAUUGGAGAAACAAUGUUAAAAGCUAUCAAACCGAGACUUUCGCUGUUACCAACGGACCGACAGUUUUCGAGUUACUCCGGUCACCGUAUCAAUUGUAUUGGUCGCACACCUGUGAACGUAUCUGUCGGAGCUGCAACGCGUAGGCUCAAUGUAUACGUAGUAUCCGGAAAAUCUGAAGCCCUCUUUGGUCGAGAAUGGAUCACACACUUUACUGACCAGAUCAACUUAAAUAGACUUUUCGCACCCGGCGUGCCUGUCAAUUCGCUUGCUACUACCGCACUAAGUCAGAAAGAAGAAGCUAAGUUAUCAGAACUACUGGAACAUUUUAGUGACAUUUUUAGCGACAUUCCCGGUAAGCUUGUGGGACCACCAGCAAAAGUGCAUUUAAAACCAGAUGUAUCACCAGUUUUCGCUAGGGCACACGAUGUACCCCUUGCCUUACGCGAACGUUAUGCAACAGAAAUCGAUAAAAAACUCGCUUCAGGAUUUUACCAAAAAGUGGACUUUUCGGAAUGGGCAUCACCGACACACAUCGUCGUGAAGAAAAAUGGUAGUAUUCGGAUCACCGGUAAUUACAAGCCAACCGUCAAUCCGAGGAUGGUCGUUGAUGAACAUCCAAUACCAAGAAUCGACUCAAUUUUCAAUAAAAUGAAGGGAGCUGCCUUGUUUUGCCAUUUGGACAUAACCGAUGCCUAUACACACUUGUCAAUCGACAACGAAUUCAGCCACGUACUUACGCUGAACACCACGACACACGGGCUUAUCCGUCCUACGAGAGCGGUUUAUGGAGCUGCCAAUAUCCCUGCUAUUUGGCAACGCCGAAUGGAAACCGUCCUUCAGGAGCUGGACAACGUCGUCAGUUUCUAUGAUGAUAUUAUCGUUUUCGCAAACAACUUCGACGAUCUACUGCUAGCGCUAACAAAUACAAUGGAAAGGUUGAAAGUUAAUGGUUUGCGGCUCAACCGAUCAAAAUGUGUGUUCGUCGUACCGUUUCUCGAAUGUUUAGGGCACAAAAUCGAUCACCAGGGACUCCACAAGUCGGAUAAACAUAUCGAAGCCAUCCGUGAUGCUCCACGCCCAUCAACGCCAGAUGAAUUGCAGCUUUUCUUAGGUAAGGCAACUUAUUAUAGUUCAUUCAUUCCGAACCUUUCCUCUAGAGCCAGAAGCUUACGCGACAUGCUUCUUACCGAUCCGUUUAAAUGGACACCAGAAGCUGAGAAGGCUUACCACGAUUUGAAACACGCUUUAAUCUCCCCGCAAGUAUUAAUGCAAUACGAUCCUACAUUGCCGGUGGUUCUAGCAACGGAUGCUAGUAAAACGGGCUUGGGUGCUGUGCUUUCACACCGACUUAGCAGCGGAAUAGAACGGCCAAUAGCCUACGCUAGCUGUGCUAUGUCCAAGACAGAACAACGAUACCCGCAGAUAGACAAGGAGGCACUUGCCAUCGUGUGGGCGGUGAAAAAGUUUUUCCACUACCUUUACGCUCGAAAAUUUACGCUCAUUACUGAUCAUAAACCUCUUACACAGAUUUUUCACCCGGAAAAAUCUUUACCUACACUUUGCAUCAGCCGUAUGGCAAACUACGCUGAUUAUUUGGCCCAUUUCAAUUUUGACAUAGUUUAUAAGCCAACUAACUUGAAUACAAAUGCUGAUUACUGUUCACGAAUUCCAGGCAAAUUGGAGCAUUCCGAUAUCGACAGCCUGCCUCUGCGCGAGGGAGGAAAUAGCGAGGAUGAUUUCGGACUAUUCGCUCUUCAUCAAAUGCAGCAGCUACCAGUGCGCGCUGAACACAUAGCACGAGAAACACGUAAGGAUUUACACCUCGGAAAAAUCAUACAAGAACUCGAACUGGGCCGUAAUCUAGCUCAACUAGGAUAUAAGGCUCCAGAAGCAAAAUACACUAUUGUUGCCAACUGCUUGCUAUUCGAGCAUCGCGUAGUAAUACCGCCCACUCUUCGUCAACCCAUUUUGAAUGACCUACACGCAGCGCACAUCGGAGUGGUGAAAAUGAAAGGACUAGCACGUUCAUUCGUUUACUGGCCUGGAAUCGAUUCAGACAUCGAGUGUAUGGUAAGAUCAUGUACAGAAUGCGCACGUCACGCACCUGCCCCUGCGAAAUUCAGUAACCACCACUGGGAGUAUCCAAAAGGUCCAUGGGAGCGUAUUCAUGUGGAUUACGCUGGCCCGGUAGCGGGAGCAAUGCUGCUGAUAAUUGUCGAUGCAUACAGCAAAUGGUUCGAAGUAAAAAUCACCCAUUCUACGACGACAUCCGCCACGAUCAAGAUACUGGAUGAUGUAUUCACUGCAUACGGUGCCCCUAUCACACUGGUGUCCGAUAACGGGCCGCAGUUUACUGCUGCAGAGUUCGAUUCUUUCCUACAGGCGAACGGGGUGAAGUUUCACAAACUUUCGGCUCCAUACCAUCCAGCUACUAACGGGCAAGCUGAACGAUAUGUCCAAACAAUUAAAAACGCACUAAAGGCGAUGAAUACGACAAACAACACAUUGCAAACAAACAUCAAUAAAUUUCUGCAACAGUACCGAAGAGCACCUCAUGCUGAAACUGGAGAGUCACCGGCAAAACUGUUCCUUGGUCGGAAUGUUCGAACACGACUUGAUCUGGUUAGACCGCAGAAUCUUAACACUAAGAUUUCCGAAAAACAACAAGCAGCCUUCGAUCCUUCGUUCCGGUCAUUCGAAUUAGGGCAACACGUCUAUGUUCUUUCCGGAAACCCCCGAAUGGACAAAUGGAUUUCGGGAAUAGUAGCUGCCCGUUUAGGAGACCUGCACUACGAAGUGGUUUACAAUGGGAAACGUCUGAAACGUCAUGUAAAUCAAAUGCGAAGGUUUGACGGCUGUACAAUCAGUGAUAAUGGUACAACAGGUGUGGCAAAACGACGAGUGCGUUUCUAUGGAGAUACAAUGACGUCACCGGAUCAGCGAUGCAAUUCACCUUGCAGUACUUCGUUGGAACGUUCGUCCGUUUCUACAAGCUCACCAGAUGCCCGAUUCCUGACUCCUCGUAGCAGUCCAGAGCAGCAUCAGGAAAGUUUACCGUUCAUUUUACGUCGCUCAGACAGACCACGCCGUCCCCCUCUUAGAUAUUCACCGUAG